UAAUCCUAAGAAGCGCUUAUUUACAGCACAAUAAUCCAUCCAAAUCACUCGCUCUUUUCUUCAAAUAAUGCAUAGAUCCUCCUCUAUAUAGAUUUGAUUAAUUAAGCAACUAUUGAGAUGCAGAAUACAUAGAUCUCAUGCAGAGGUGCGCCACGUAGCAAUCACGACACCGGAACAACCGCCAUUACCUCACCGUAGGUUGUCUCUCCACGAAUCCAACACUUUCCUUUCACACAUUAUAUGCCACAAUGAGCAAUUACAUGGCGAAACGUUUAUUCCUCGGACUCUCUACCACAUUCCGAAAUUGCCCCCCACAUGUUCGACGUUAUUACCCAAUCAAUAAAACACGUUCUUUCUCUUCUUCUUCUUCUAAAAAAUUUGGAUUUGUUGGUUGGUAUUUGUGUAAGCUUCAAGCUUACCCGGUUAUUACAAAGGCUAUAACUUCCUCCGUUAUUUUCACCGCUUCUGAUUUCACUUCACAGAUGAUUACAUUACCAUCUUCUGCUUCGUACGAUUUAAAAAGAACAUCUCGCAUGGCAAUAUAUGGUUUGCUAAUGUUAGGGCCAUCACAACAUAUGUGGUUUAAUUUUCUGUCCAAGAUAUUACCUAAGAGAGAUGUGCCAACAACCUUGAAGAAAAUUUUAAUGGGGCAAGUUGUGUAUGGACCUACCAUCAAUACUGUUUUCUUCUCCUAUAAUGGUGCUGUACAAGGUGAAAGUGGGCCUGAAAUUAUUACCAGGCUGAAGCGAGAUCUACUUCCAACAUUAUUAGCUGGCGCCCUGUUUUGGCCUGCAUGUGAUUUUGUGUUAUUCAAAUUCAUUCCAGUCCAUUUACAGCCAUUGAUGAAUAGUUCCUGCGCAUAUGUGUGGACCAUUUAUUUAACUUACAUGGCAAACCGAACGAACUUGACCGAUGCGUAGCGCUUGGUUUGUAUAUAUAUAAGUAUUUAAGUGUUCUCAAUAAAUCUUUCAUUGCUUAGUAUAAUAGGCCUUAUCUGGCUGCAAAGAUAUGUGACAAGAAGUCCGUAAAGUCUAACUCAGCUAGCAAAUUGCAAUAUUGUCAGGUUGGAUAUCAUCAUCUGGGUUCGAACCCAAGAUCUUGUAGCUGUGUGUGUAGGUCCUAGAUAGUGUUUGUCAUUUCGUCAAAAAAAUAUGAGACUAGAAUACUCAAGUCGUGGUAUAUGUAAGUUUAUAAAUUUUGUAUCAAUUUGGUAUUCAAUAUUUUUUAUGUAUAUAGCUGGUACUUUGUUUAUGUAGUUUCCCUUUUUAAUCUGAAGUGAAUGUAUUUUGUUGAAA